UCAAUUUCACUCCGGGGAUUGACAAUGGCGUAAUUUUGAAGAGAUCUUCAGACUGCCGCUCUGCUCUCACUAGUGGAGACGAAGAAGCCCGAGAUCGGAGCAGGCUGUUUGUUUCCUGGGAAAAUUAACUACAAAAUUACGGUUCAAGAGGCAGGAAGAGAUAGAGUGUAGUUUCAGAAAAGAUGGAUAAGAUGAACCAGGCGUUCGAGAAGGUGAAGAUGUUGGUGGGCAUGGAGGUCGAUGAAGAGCAACCGGUUCCCGAGGAGGAAAGCACAUUCUCAUUUAUGGAAGACCUCAAUCGGAAUUGCUCCUUAACUACCAAACAGAGAUUCUAUGGCUUUGCAAUUUGCUUGUCAGCAGGCUUGACAUGUACACUCUUGUCAAUGCUUGUAUUCUUCAACCCCAUCAAGUUUGGUAUCACAUUCACUUUGGGAAAUUUGAUGGCACUCGGGAGCACAGCAUUCCUUAUAGGUCCUCAGCGGCAGGUGUCGAUGAUGCUUGACCCAGCUCGCAUCUAUGCGACCGCGUUGUAUCUUGCAAGUAUCAUUGUCGCAUUAUUUUGUGCUCUCUAUGUUCGUAACAAGCUCCUGACACUGUUAGCUAUCAUUCUGGAGUUUAGCGGCCUGAUUUGGUACAGUUUGAGUUACAUCCCUUUCGCCAGGGCAAUGGUCUCGAAGAUCUUUGUGGCUUGUUUCGACACCGAGUUUUAGACACGUUACAUCUCUCUCGUGAAACACUUGUGCAGUUGUUUCAACCGGUCAGUUCAGUUCAGUCCAUUCUAUUCUCUGUCCCAUAGUUCGGCUCUGAUAAUGCACCAGGAAAGUUGUAAAACAGUUCCCGUGCCCCUUCCUGUCCUGUCCUCUCUCCGACACGAUCUAUGAACACUAAAGAUCCGACCGACCUUCACAAAGCCCUGAAUCACAUUUUGUACAUUUUGCUGUAGAAUCAUCAAGGCAUGCGAGUUGUUGAAAUUGUGGGCGUUUUUUUUAAUUUCAAUCUUGGGGUUUGUUUGACAUUUACACUCAAACACAGUGGAUAAUAAUCGACCAAUGUGCGUGUGCGUGUGUGUGUUUUCAUCCGACA